CCCUUUAGAUUUCCUUUGAGCGUUUCGAAGAGUGUAUGGAAUUCUUUGCAGGCGCUUCUGGUCAUGUAAACAGCUGAUACAUUAUAUUUCUUUGUGCUAGUGAUAGUGUUUUAAAUUCUAAUGCGAUACCUUUAUGAAAUUAUUUUUCUAAUUCGAACAUUCUUUGUUAUGAGUGGAAGGCGUUCUCGUAAUUACAAAAUACAAAAGAUUUAACAUCAACAAUAAAGUUAAGAGCCUCAACCAGGUUCAAAAUGCCGUCGCUCUUAGAAGCACUCGAGAGGAAGUACGGGGCUAAGGGUGAGGUGAACCCCUCAAUAGAUGAUAUGCCCGUAGCUAUUUUUGUGCCUAAGCGUUCACCGAGACUAAGUGUGCCUACACUUCUGGUCCUGAACGAUUGUGAUAUAGAUUGUGCUGGAGACGCAACGGUCUUAGCGGAUAAGUGCGCAGAUGUAGUGGAGCUUGAUCUCGCCAACAAUAAGCUCACCGAUUGGAAAGAGGUAUUUGCGAUACUAGAGCAGACACCGAGAGUGAGAUUCUUGAAUUUAAGCUUCAAUCGGCUAACUGCACAACUUCAGGCUGCUCAAUCUCUUCAAUCGCGUUGGGAUAGUUUAAGCAACCUCGUCCUGAACUCUACUUAUGUUGGAUGGCCCAGUGUACUCGGUCUACUUAAAGCUCUUCCAGCUCUGGACGAGCUGCAUUUGAGUCUCAAUGAGUAUUCGUACGUGGAUCUCAGUGGAAAGGAAGUGAAUGAGAAGGACCGGUGCGAAGAGUGCUCUCGUCUAAGGUGCGAACAGACGGAACCCGUUCAUGAACAGCUAAAGAAGCUACACUUUUCUGGCAACCCGAUAAGCAGCUGGGGUGAGAUAUCGAAACUUGGCUACGCCUUUCCCAACUUGGAAACCCUAUUAGUGAACGAUUGUCACAUUACAACCCUAGAGCCUGAUCCGUGUGAGAAAUGUGACGAUAGUAAUGGAAAUAAGAAAAGUCACGAUGCCUUUUCACGACUUCGGUUCCUGAAUCUGAAUAAUACUGGAUUAGCGACAUGGGAUGAAGUGGAUCGACUGGCUCAGUUUCCGGCUUUAAGAAGUUUAAGAGUGCAGGGCUGGCCGCUAUGGGAGCGCGUGGAAUCCACGGAGCACGAACGGCGUCUCCUGCUAGUGGCCCGUCUGCCUCACGUGAGAACAUUGAACGGAGGCGGUGCGGUGCCGCCGGAGGAACGUGACUCGGCCGAGAGGGCCUUCAUUAGAUACUAUAUGGAGAAGCCGGAGGCUGAUCGGCCUGAUCGUUACUGGGAGCUAGUAGGCGUACACGGAAAGCUCGACCCGCUGGUAUCUGUGGACCUGAGGCCCGAGAAGCGAGUGCAGAUCACCUUCACGUGCGGGGAAACUAGCGAAGUGAGGACCGUCGAUGUUUACAGGACGGUGUCGGACUUGAAGUCUCGUCUAGAGCGGCUGGCGGGAUUCCCAGCCUCGAAGAUGAGGCUUUUCUAUGUGGACCAAGAACUGAGGGACACGCAGGCUUUCCAGGGUCCCGAAGAAAUGAAAUAUCCAACGAAGCAGCUGUACUCUUACAACAUUCGCUCCGGCGACGAAAUAAUAAUCGAUUCCAAGUUGAAACACUCGAUAUCUGCAAACUCGACUGCGUGAGAACUUUAGUUACCGAUUCUUGACCGAAGGAGGGAAGUUUACAAGGGAUUUUAAUUACACAGAUAAUAAAUAUGGUUGUCAAAACAUACCUACAAUGAAAAUUAGGAUUAUCCUGUAAAAUAUGCGUAAUGCAAAAAAGUGUGAUUUUUCGAUUGUCAAAGUGACGUUUCACGCAUAUGAACCCCUAUUGCUUUUUGUUUCACUCAUAUACGCAAUUUUUUAUGCAUAACUAUUUUUUUUAUAAUAAUGUAAUAAUCACUUCCUUCUCUAACGGUCUAAGAAUAUUUAAAGUUUGCGGUAACAUCAUUUUUAUAUCUAAAACGUUUGCGUAGUUCAUAAAUUAAAGGCAAAUUAAAGGCAUGUAUGGUCAAAUAGGUAUGACUAAGAGAAAUGUUCAGAGUUUCAGACUGGUUAAAUUAUAAAAGACGCGACAUAUAUUUGCUCUUUAAUAUUAAUUGGCACUGAAAAUAAUUUUAAGAGUAUUUUAUUAUUAAAAUAUUAAGUACCAAUAAAACAAUACAACGCUCUUUUACAACGUAAUUGGCCGAUAAAUAUAGUGCCAAGAAUUGUUUUCAUGGAGAUUUUUCAAAUCGUUGCAAUAAUUUAUUUGCCUAAAAAAAUAUAAUUUAUGUUUUAGCCG